GGUGUCAGUGGCCCUAUAAACCAUCAACAAUAAGGAAAACAUAAUGUUGUAUAAAUUCGGCACAGAAAACUACCAUUGGCUGAGGAUCCAUUACCAACUUUGAGGCUUUUUUUUUGGAAUCAUUUCUUCAUUAAAGUUUCUUUUAAACAUGACGAUACAUAAUACAAGUAAAAGAACUGAUGCCAGAUACUACAAAGAACACUCCUGAUGAGCUCCAACACUGCUGUUCAUCACAGAACCAAGGUUAUGCUAGGAUAGGGUGAGAAAGAAAGAUGGAUUCUUGUAUACUAUAAUAGUCUGACCAGUACUGGUGACAUAUUUGCUUAUAAAAUUAGUAUUCAGAAGAGUCAUAAUGCAAGAUAAAAGAGAGAAAGACAGGAAGCUUAAUAGAGCAAGUCGAGUGUAUCCUUCAAGGUCUAGGAGAGCUGCAUCAUCCAUAGAAAGUUCUGUUGAACAAGACAGAUGUGUCUCGGAGUAUGGAGGCAGCUGUGUGCGAGCUGCAACGCCAUGCAACAUAGAUCUUCCUUCCUGUAACGUGAAUAGCAAAGACACAACUAUAUCGCAGAGUUUUUUUAGUGAUAGUUUAUCCUCAGCAUUGAAGGUUUCUUUAGUGGAAGUACACCGUACUGAUGCUGACAUUCUUGCAAAUUUUACUUCAAGAGUAAUGAAUACAGAUUUAAACACUGUCACCAACCAAACUCUGGCAUUAUCUCAGAAUCCAAAAGCUGUAUUAAAUGCAGAGCAUAAAUUCAGUAAAUCUUCUGCAACUCAAGCUUGUAAAAAAUCCCUCUGUGAUAAAUUAAAGAAAGAAAAUCUAAUUAGGAAUGUCAAAAAAUGCAGACUUAAGUCCUUAAAGUGGGAUGAGGCUGAGAGUCCUGAAAAGUUGAAACGUCCUCAACAUCAAAUUGUUGGGUUCCUGGAAGAUCAUGUUGAGUUUACUUCUGAGUGGACAGAAGCCAGUGAUGCAAGACGCAGGUACACUCCAUCAGUACUAGAGUCAACACUGGAUGGAAGUAUUGUUAAGGGAGCUAGAAGGUUAUAUGGUUCCCGUGCACGACACAAUGAGGUCAACUUCUUCAUCAACACAGCCAAUGAGAACACUUCUUGUGAUCAAGACCCUCUAAUCACUUUAGAUGAAUGGAAGCUGAAGAGUGAACAGCACAAGUACAAGUGUUCCAAGUGUGAAACAUGGAGUCGUUGUCGCCGUGACAUAGAACAACACAUUGCUGCCUCUCUGAACGACCACUGUGAUGCGGUAGUUAUGGUGUUACUGGGAAACCAAGCACAAGGCCGGAGCUGCCCUGUCUGUGAUGUUAGACUCCAGAGAACUGACUUCUUCCAGCAUAUACAUGAAUGCCACAAGUCGUCAUUUCCUCUGAGGUGUGGAUACUGUGUGUUUCUGGGUCAGGAUCACAACCAACUACGACACCACAUUCGUAACAAACAUGGAACCUCCGAAUACCGUAUUAUUGACAUACCUCGUCUCCUGGCUGAACAUGAUCUGACAGAUAAUUGCUCAUUGCUGGAUGAGGAUGAUGUAGGAAGUGGAGAAGAUGAUAGUAUGUUUGUUGCACCUGAGGCACGAAGAAUGUGCUGCCCUCUCUGUGGAAAAACACUCAAGACACUUCCUAACCUGAAGAAGCACGUGGUGCAGCACAGCAGACACAAGCAGCGCUGUAAACUCUGCUCCUUCACUACCUCUCUGCCAGCACAAAUUACAAGUCACUAUCAUCGUAUGCAUCCUUCAAAGCCUCCACGGUGGAACACUGUUUUAAUCAAGGAAAAGAGCACUGACACCUUGGUAGAUGAUGUUGCACCUUUUUUGAAAUUAAUUACUGCCAAGUAUGGACUUAGACAACCCAAGAAAGAAGGAAAAUGGAAGCGACAGUACAAGUGUCCACACUGUGACUAUGCUUGCAACUUUAACUCGUCUUUCAACCGUCACUUACGACUUCAUGAUGGAGUGAUGCCUUAUAAAUGCGGUCACUGCAACUUCCAUGCCAGAGAGUCGUAUCUUGUUCGUAAACAUUGCUCCAAGUUUCACAAGGGCAAGAAGAUAAUAAUUGAAAAUGACUCAAAUUUUAAGGUUCCAUAUCGUUACGAAGUGCGUGCAAAAAAAGUGACGAGUGGAGGUUUAGAUGAUGAGAGGAAAGAUGAAGGUAAUCCCAUUGCUACAGAUCAGUCUUUUUUGCCUGUGCAGUCCAGAACAAAACCUAAAAAUGAAUCAACUUCAUCUGAGGCAGAAGCAAGAUGCAAAACUUAUGAUGAUUCAGAAUUUAAAAAGAGAGAUAAUGAGCCUUUAAUAGGAAGUGGUUUACCAUCUAUUGCCUUGAGAACAAAGAGCAGAGUCAGCAGUGAUCCUGGGAAGCAACUACCUCUAAGUGAGAACAAAAGGACGAAAGAAAAGAAAAUUAAGAUGUCUAGUAUAAAUAGUUCAAAAAGUCAGCCCAGAAAAAAAUUGAAAUUUGCAGAUGAGCUCCAGAAAGUCUCAGUCCAUGAGCCAGAAUGUUCAACUACACAUGUGGCAGCUUUGAACACAAAUGAAAAGAAUAGUUUGCAACACACAGAUGAAGCUAUUGAAAUCCAUAAGUCAGAGCAAGUCAGUAAUAAAAGUGUUAAAGGCAAAUUAAGAGAGAAUAAGAGCCUCUCAUCUAUGUGGACAACCUGUUCUGAAGAUAAUUAUAAUCAAGACAUAAGCAGAGGUAGAAAGCAGGUACUGAACCAGACAGAUUUACCUCAAGCUUGUCUGCCUAUUAUUAAAGUUAAAACUUUUAAACUACGCAAGAAACCUCAACCAGAUAGUACAAAAUUAAGUAAUAGAAGGAAUUUUAGCAGACUUGGAACUUGUGACCAAAAGGAACUAAUUUUACAACAACACAAUAAUAAAUUAUUGUCUAAAAGAAUUUUAAAAACUUCCACUCAUUCUGACACUGAAGAGUGUUGCAAUAUUAAGCUUAGUGUACCAAAAAUUAGUGAUGAGUCUGAGAAAGCUGUUGUUUUACAUGUAAGUGAUGCAGAUAAUAAAAAUUUGUGUCUGGAAAAAAUUUCAUCAUGUGGCAAGUUGGAAGAGUCUCUCAGUGUAAGUUACAAGUAUUGUGACAACAAGAAGCAAGGCAUUAAUCUAUCGCUGAAGAGUGGAAACCCUGGAGACUGCAUGAGAAGAAAUAAUGAUGCAGUGGUAGAAGCAGAGUGCACCAGAGGUAGUAACACCUCAGUAAGAGACACAGUGUUGCAGAAGAUUCCACAAGCUGAUCACCAGGGAAACCAAGAAAGUGUUAAAGCAGAGCCAUUGACAACACCUCUUGAGGGGUUAGAGGAUAAUCUUUAUACACACAUAGCUUUUCUCACAGACUCUCGCAUACAAUGCCUCAGUAAUCGCAUCUCGGCCACGCCGGGAGUAAUGACACGAGACCUUCUCGGCCUAGACUAUAGUAAUAGUGAUUACUUUUCUUCGCACAAAGUUCGGCUUAUGAUGAAGAAGAAAAAAGGUGGGAAAGUAAAGUGUCAAGAAUGUGGUGUUGUAACAACUUACCGAGCAUUUUACAAGCAUGCCAAGAAACACUUUAAUAUCAAACCUUUUAAAUGUGGUUAUUGCUCAUAUAGAUCCAUUGAAAAAAGCAAGAUACGUGUUCACAGCACUUUCUGUCACCCCAAUAGUCCAUGUGUAAUUCUGAAGCUUUCACCAGAGAUUGCUGGUGUUAAUGGCAGUGCAGGACAUGUCAGUAACAAUAAAUCUUUGACAAAAAAUGCUGAAGAUGAUAGUAAGCAAAGUAGUUCUUUAGUUUCAAGCAGUGAAAUACUUUCAAACACAGUUAAUAAUUCACUUGAGUCAACAGUGAACUUCUCAGCAUUAUCAAGCAACAGUAGAGCUGAGGAACUGACUUCAUCCAUCAAAGCAGCAGCGACCAGUGUUCACAAUGUAAGUUCUCCCACUGAAAGUGCUCCCAGUACAGUCAUUAGCACAUCACAGAGACAACCUUCCUUCCAAUGUCCAAUUUGUCUCAAGUUUCUUCAGAAACACACCCCAUCAAUAAGAAGACAUCUGUACAGUCAUUUUGGAUAUAAACCCUACAAGUGUGGUUACUGUAGCUUCACUGGCAUCGGUCAAAGUGAGGUACGAGCCCACCAUGUCACUCAUGGUUUCACAACUCUGCCAAAAGUUGAGCCAUCAGGCACCCCUGUGCCACCUGGUCUCAUGCCCUAUAUUGAUAACGUACUCACUCAUCAGAGGACAGCACGGCCAUCUUGCAAGAAAAGAGGACAGAUCUCUCAGCAAAGCUCAGAAGCACAGCUUCAACAAUCUUCCAAAGCUGGAACAGAUCGUCUAUGGGCAGUAUCAAAAACAGUUUCCAAGGAAGAUAUAACUGCUAUAUACCUAACUCCACAUGAGCUUUCACAGCAGGGAGUUGUGUGUAGCAGUGAGCACAGUGAACAAGAAUCCCUUAAUGUAGACACUUUACCUCUACCACAUCCUUUAGUGUCACAAGACUUAACCUCAAAAGGUGGUCGUGCAGUGCAGGUUCUGGAAUCUAGCCACAAUGCUGUUGUUCCGAGUACUCUGCCUCCUCAGCUCGAUCUCCGUAUAGUGACUGACACACAUUCUAAUUUUAGUUCAAAACCAGUUUGUGUAUUAUACCUUGGAUAAGUGAUUGAUUAAACCAUUAAACAUUCUUGGCAUUAGAAUUUAGGGUAAGGUAUUUCCAGAUAUUGUAAGAGAUUGCUAUCAUUGAUUGUGAGCAAGGAACAAUAGCUCUAAAGAACCACACAAACACAUUUUCUAUCUUCAGUUUGUUAAAUAUGUUUUAGGCAUGUAAUAUUUACACUUUGUGUGUUUUUCAUCAUUUUCUUGCUUGAAGCAAUCACUGUGUAAAUAUUCUUAUUCUCAGACAGAUACCGGUAAGAUAUUAUCGUUACAAUAAUGGUAUUCAGUACAUACAUGUACUGGUGAAUAGAUGAGUAAGACAAGUGAAACAAUUGGAUAUCUUUAUUUCCAAAACACUCCACUUACACAGUAGGCAUCGAGUUGAGUCUCUAUUCUCUCUUCACUCACUCCUAACCUUUGCACAUUUCUAUUUGCAUACAGCCCUCCCUGUAGCACUGUAGGACCCUUAUGGGUUGUUAAUUAUUGUUAUUAUUAUUUAACACAACAGCUAUUUCCUACCAGGGUAGGGUGAAGAAAUGUAAAGUUUUUCUUCUUUUUACAUUUAGUAAUUUAUACAUGAGAAGGGGUUACUAGUCCCUUGCUCCCGGCAGUUUAGUCGCAUCUUACAACACACAUGGCUUACGGAGGAAGAAUUCUUUUCCACUUCCCCAUGGAGAUUAUUAUUAUUAUUAUUAUUAUUAUUAUUAUUAUUAUUAUUAUUAUUAUUGAUGACACUGUGCUUUAGGGAGAUUCUGAAGAGAAGUUGUAGAGGUUGGUUGAUGAGUUUGGUAAGGUACUUAAAAGAAGGAAAUUAAAAGUGAAUGUAGAAAAGAGUAAGGUGAUGAGGAUAACCAAAAAUUUAGGUAACAGAAGAUUGGAUAUCAGACUGGAGGGAGACAAAGCACUUUGUCCAUGGGAGCAGAGAGGGAAAUGUAUGAGAGUAUAGUUAUACCAGCUCUCUUGUAUGGGUGUGAGCAUCUCCACUGCCUCCAGCAGUGGAGAUGUCAUGUCUGAGGGCAAUGUGGUGUGAAUAUAAUGCAGAGAAUCUGUAGUUUGGACAUGUAGAGAGGAUGGAACGAAAUAGAAUGACUUCGAGAGUGUAUAAAUCUGUAGUGGAGGGAAGGCGGGGUAGGGGUUGGCCUAGGAAAGGUUGGAAGAAGGGGGUAAAGGAGGUUUUGUGUGCGAGGGGCUUGGACUUCCAGUAAACAUGCUUGAGCAUGUUAGAUAGGAGCAAAUGGAGACAAAUGGUUUUUAGGACAUGACAUGCUGUUGGAGUGUGAGCAAAGUAACAUUUAUGAAGGGAUUCAGGGAAACCGGCAGGCCGGACUUGAUUCCUGGAGAUGGGAAGUACAGUGCCUGCACUCUGAAGGAGGUGUGUUAAUGUUGCAGUUUUAUAACUGUAGUGUAAUCAUGCCUCUGGGAAGACAGUGAUGGAGUGAAUGAUGAAAUUUUUUUUUUUUGGGCCACCCUGCCUUGUGGGACACGGCUAAUGUGUUAAUAAAAAAAUUAAAUUAUUAUUAUAAUUAUUGUUAUUCAGUUGACUAAAUAUGAAGAGAGGAGAAGCAGUGAGGUUACACUUAGCAUUCACAUAAAUAACCUUGAAAUUAUCAGCAUUAUGUGAUUUUUAGGUUAGGUUAAAGUUAAGUCUUAAUUUGCAGGAAAUUCAUUGCAUGACUAUGAUCCUACCCUUGUAAGUGAUCUUAGUAACACAGUACAGUAGCUAUCAUCCUAUGUAUCUUCUAGGUAAAUAAAGAUGUUAUAUA